GACUAGGCUAAUCCAUUGUAUUACACUAAAACAAGGCUAAUACAAUGGUUUAUACUAACCGUUGUAUUAGAUAUACUAUUCUGUUGUAUUAGAUGAGCUAAUCCAACGGAUUAUUCUUCUAACACAACGGAUAGUGUUCCCUAUUUUUUUAUUUUUUUUUUAAUUUUUCAGUUGGAGCUAAUCCAAUGGAUCAGCCCCAAAAAAUAAAAAAAGAAAAAAAUAAUAAGACCUAAUACAACGGAUGACUAAAAAAAAUCGGGAAAUGCUGAAAUAUUAGAGCCAAAAAUGAAAUUGAAACCCCAUUUCCCAAACUUCUCAAUCUUCCUUCGUUUUCCUCCCUCACCGCUGCUCCUUCCUUCGUUCUCCUUCCUCGCCGUUUCGUUCUGCAGUGCUCGAAUCUCUAUCUAAGAAGACGCUGCUUAAUUUCAUUUCACAACCGCUGAAUUCUCCAGGUUUUCUUCUCGAAUUCCUCCUCUUUUUCUUAAUUUCAUCUUUAAUGUUUGAUUUUUGCAUUUUGUUGUGAAAUUUUAGUUGAUUUUUUUUGUAGAAUUUUGUAGUGCUUUUGAAUUUUUGUGUGUUAAUUAAUCUGAAGAAUCAUGCUAUGAAGAAUUAGUUGAAUGUAAUAAUCAAGGAUUGACUUAGCUUGCUCCUUUGGCACCUAAUAUUUUCAUGCUGAGAAUUAUGGAGUCUUUGAGAUGAAGUUUCAGAGCUGUCAAAUUAUUUAUGUUUAGAACCUAUUCUUGACCCUUGAUUUAAUGAAAGAAGCUUAAGGUCACCCUUUGGAUCAGUUAAGUCGAUGGUUAUUAUUCUUAUUUAUUAUGUUCCUUGUCUUCCUUUCUUAGUAUAUUUUUCACAAUGAUUUUUGUUUUAUUUGAGCCCAAAAACAGGCUAAUUCAAAAUGUAAUUCACCAAACAUGUGAACUAACAUAUCGAAUUGUGAAAUAACUGAAAAGGCUCUUAGGAAAAUAGAAGAUAUUGGAACAUUGAGUGAGUAACAUAGACUUGUAAAUUUUUUCUUGUAUAUCGUUGUUGGCUCUAUUUGCUAAUCAGCAAAGAAAGUCAUUUGUAUGAAGCUGUUAUUUACUGGCCUAAUUUGGCAAACUAAAAUAUUAUUGUUUUGGUUAAUUAGUAAAUAAACUUUAACUUUUAGUGUACUAUUUAUGAUUAGUUUGUGUAGAACAGCUACUGGUGCAGAACCCAUUUUGAUAGUCUGAAAUAGGUGCUUCAUAAAAGAAGUGUUAAAGAAACAGAACUUUUUAGCAAUCAAGAUUCCUCACAACUCUCUUGAAUUCGCCUGGUAAGUGUUCACUCUUUCAUUUCAACCUUUUCAAAUUUGUAAUCAUGAUCAAGAUAAUAGGCAUUUCUUGGAAAAGGGGGUACAAUGCUAUAAAAUUGAUCAAAAUAUGAUUUUUAACCAUUUAUAUUUCAUUCUCAUGUCUUUAUCCAGGGAUAUUGGUUAUGUUCUAUUGCUUCAUUUCUUUGGAAUUAGCUGAGUAGUAUGGACUUUAAAAAUUGAAUUAAUUGGGUUGAAUAUAAAUCUAUAGAAUUCUAUUGUUUUCAUUAGUAGAAGAUUGGAACAUGGUUCUUUAUUUCUAUCUUGGAUAGUAAAUAACACAUUGAACUCUUUUUAUUGCUUUAUUAUGAUAGAAAGGAGAUAGCUCUGAAUCAAGCAGUAAUCCUGUAUUAAGAAACUGGUUUCAUAUGUAGUGCAUAUCCUUUGGAACCUAUUUACUCUGUUAAUUUCUAUUUUUACCCUAAGGAAUGAAGGUGGAACUAAGAAUUGGUGGAUGUUUGCCAAAUGGAGCGAUGAAUAUGAACAAGGAGUCGACGAAUAUGUCAAAAGGGCUUUUGCUAUUAAGUCUCAAGGAAAUCAAAUUUGUUGUCCCUAUCAAAUUUGUCAUUAUCGUUUUUGGCGGUGUGAAGGUGUGGUGAGAGACCAUCUAAUUUGUAAUGGUUUGUUCCAAGAUCGGAUAACUUAUCAGACUUAGGGUUCAAUAUCCAAAGAGAAGAAACUAUUUUGGAUAAUGAGGAAGGGUCAAUCCCAAAUGACUCUAGCGAUGACGUAGUGAGGUUGUUGCAUGAUGCACGUGAUGCUUUUAGAGAGGGGCCAAAUGAUGAAGCAAAAAAGUUUUUGAGGUUAGUUGAAGAAGGGCAAGAAGAAUUGUAUCCUGGUUCCAAAAAUCACUCAAAACUUUCCUUCAUGAUUCGACUUUUUAUUUUGAAGUGUGAUCAUAAUCUAACCAAUGCCGCAUUUGGAGAUAUAUUGGAGCUUAUAAGGGAGGUGUUGCCUGAUGCAAAGUUGCCAACUUCUUUCAAUGAAGCGAAAAGUGUGUUGAAAGUGUUGGGGUUGGAUUAUACAAAGAUUGAUGCAUGUCCAAACGAUUGCAUGAUAUAUUGGGAAGAGCAUGAAAAUGCAACAAGCUGCCAUGUUUGUAAAACACCAAGAUGGAAAUCAAAGGACAAAGAGGAUGACAUAGAAAAUGGUAAAGGAAAGACCUAUAGGAUUCCUCAAAAGAUUCUUAGGUACUUUCUGAUAAAGAAAAGGCUUCAACGACUAUUUAUGUGUCAAGAGACGGCGAGGUACAUGACUUGGCAUGCGGAUGGGCGUGAAAAUGAUCAUCUUUUACAUCAUCCAGCUGACGGUCAAGCUUGGAGGGAAUUUGAUUCCUUGUACAAAGAGUUUUCUGGUGACCCGCGCAAUGUGAGGCUAGGACUAGCCACAGAUGGCUUCAGCCCAUUCAACUCAAUGAGUAUUGUACAUAGUACUUAGCCAGUUAUGUUGAUCAAUUACAACUUGCCUCCUUAGAUGAUUAUGAAGCCUGAGUAUUUGAUGUUAGCACUACUAAUUCCGGGUCCUUCUUCCCCAGGCAAUGACCUUGACAUAUAUUUACAACCACUAAUGAAGGACUUUAAGGAUUUGUGGGAGUUCAGACUGGCAACUUAUGAUGCUUUGAGUAACCAGAGGUUUCACAUGCAUGUAGCAUUGAUGACUACCGUGAGUGAUUUUCCUGCUUACGCGAUGUUAUCUGGCUGGAGCACAAAAGGAUACUUGGCAUGCCCUGAGUGUCAUUAUGAAUUAGAUUCUGAGUGGUUGCCUUAUAGUGCUAAGAAUGUGUAUAGGGAAAAUCGUAAAUUUCUACCUCCAUUUCACCCUUAGCGUCGUGAUAAGAGGAAUUUUGAUGGGAAAGUUGAGGAAAGACAUCAACCUACUCCAUUGAAUGGAAUUGAUGUAGCUAAUCUGUUGCGUGAUUUUCCAAAUGAAUUUGGAAAGAAGCAAAAGAAACCAAGGCGUGUUGUUGAUGAUCCGAAUCCGUGGAAAAAGAGGGUCAUUUUCUUCUGAGUUACCAUAUUGGAAGCAUUGUCUUAAUCGUCACAACCUCGAUGUAAUGCAUAUUGAGAAAAAUGUCUUUGAUAGUGUCAUUGGGACAUUGUUAGACAUUUCUCAAAAGACCAAGGAUCAUGUGAGUGCUUGUCGAGAUUUGGUAGAGCUUAAUUUGAUGCCGGAGCUUCAACCAAGAGAAUUGGAAGAUGGUGGCGAAGAAUUUCCAAGAUCCCGCUUUUGGAUGUCAUUGGAGCAAAAACGUAAGUUCUGCCAAGUCUUCAAAAAUGCCAAACUUCCUCGAGGCUAUGCUUCUAACAUUGGUCGAUGUGUACAAGUUGGGGAAAGGAAAAUUGCAGGCUACAAAAGCCACGAUGCACAUUUUAUGAUGAAUUAUUUGCUCCCAAUUGCAGUGAAGACAACAUUAUCCAAAGAUGUCGAUACUCCUUUGAUUAGACUUUGUGCUUUUUUUAAAAGUAUAUGGAGUAAAAUUGUUGAUCCUCAACAUCUUGGAAAAUUGCAAUCUGAGAUAGUUGAAACAUUAUGCCUACUUGAGAGGAUUUUCCUACCUGCCUUUUUUGAUAUAAUGGUACAUCUACCUCUACACUUGGUGGGCCAAAUUAAGUUGGGUGGACCUGUAGGUUCAAGGUUUAUGUAUGGGAUUGAGAGGUAUCUUCAUGGACUGAAGCAAGAUGUUCGAAAUAAAGCUCGUCCAGAAGGCUCAAUGGCAGAAGGAUAUCUAGCCAAAGAAUGUGUUGCCUUUGUAGCUAGAUUUUUGAAAGGAUCAAACUCGGCCACACCUCAGGUUAAUGCUUGUAGUACAUCACAAUCAUUUCUUCCUAAGGUAGGACGUCCAAUAAAAGGGAAAGGAAGGACAUCAAAGAAAAAAGACCGUGAACACAUACUUGAUCACAAUCAAUGGGUACAAGCGCAUCGUUAUGUCUUGUUCAAUUGUGACUGCGAGGAAGUUGAGAAAUAUAUAAGUGAGCACAAGGAAUUUGUAAGCGCUAGAGGAAAAAGGAAAUGGAAUAGCGUUCAAGAUCACAGCAAGGAUUUUGUGGAUUGGUUUAGGGAGAAAGUUGAUUUCAUUGUUGAAGAGGGUCAAGACAACAUCCCUAACAAUAUCAUAUGUUAAUCAAAAGGGCCUUCUUACAUUGCUAAAAAGUAUACAGGGUAUUCAGUCAAUGGUUAUAGAUUCCAUACCAUGAAGCGCGAUGCUAAUUGUGUAACUCAAAAUAGUGGAGUCACUCUAACGGCCAUGACACAUAGCUUUGCGAGUUCCAAAGAUCAAAAUCCUAUUGAGGCUAAUGUCAAUUAUUAUGGUUCAAUAACAGACAUCAUUUCAAUAUCUUACCAUGGCUACUUCUGUGUCGUCUUAUUUAAGUGUGUGGUUUCACUCUGAAAAAGAUGAUGAUGAGCUUGUAAUGAUUAAUAUGUGUAAGACGAUUUCUAAAGAAGAACCAUUUAUCUUGGCAUCUCAAGCACAUCAAGUGUUUUAUGUUGAAGAUCUUAAUAGAGAUGGUUGGCAUUAUGCUGUUCAAAUCCCUCCUAGAGAGCUUUCUGAUGAUGAAGGGGAGUAAAGCAAAAGCUUCUGAUUCCCAAAGUCAGCUUCCAGACUAUGAGUUACAAAGGCUUCGAAAAUUGAAGCAUAAUGCUGAAAGAAUGUCAGCCCAAGGAUCGGGAUCCUUGGCGAAUAAGAUACUGCAACAAAAAACACGCGACAUACUUUGUUCGAGUAUGAGGCAGACAGAAGAUCCAUAUGAUGGCUCCUCAGAAGACUCUGAUAUGGAACAUGAUACUCUUGGUACUCGAAAAAGACAAGUAUGUGAAAAGGUCUCUUCUCAACAACAUCCAGUUCCCACACGGGAAAUUCAAAGGAAGCGGCAAGAACAGCAAUUGGGGUCAACAAAGGCAUCUGUGAAGAAAAGAGCGUUCUGUUCUCCUGGCUCAAUGUCAGCGUACCUCGAGUUUCGGAAACGACAAAAUGAUGAAGCGCUGAUGAUGAGCAGUGAGGUGCCUGAACAAGGCAAAAAUUAUGAUGAUGAGCAGCUGAAUGAGACCGCUGAUGCUCUUUAGGAAGAUUGUGAGGGCAAUGAAGCAGCGGACCGAGCAGUUGUAGCACAGUUUGGAAUGGAAGAAACAUCAAGUGAAUUGUCCUCGAAAAGGAAAAAACAACGAGGUCGAACAAUGCUCCAAAGAGUUUACGCACGUUCAAGAGAGGAGCGUCCUGUGAUUGUUCUGAACUCAUUAGGUCAGCUAGUUGGACCUACUAAGGAGAUUGUGUAAGAGUUUUAAGUUUUUUCCGGGAACGGUGGCAAGGGAUUCCGAACUUGCACCGCUUAACUACAGAAAUUUUCCAAGCCUACCAACACUUGAUAAGAUAUUGGAUUAUGUCCAGGGUUAAAUUGGGUGAUGGAUGCUGUAAAUAGUUGUUGGAAAUAUUAUAAAUACCAAAUCAAGAAGAAACACUUCUAUGCAUAUGAUACGGAUGAUUUAAGGUGGAAACAUAAACCAGAUACAAUCUCCGAUCAGAUGUUCCAAGAUCUUCUACAAUAUUGGCAUACCGAUGAGGCGAAGGCAAUUAGCCACAGCAACAAAGGCAAUCGUCUAAUGUUAGAUGAUAUGCACACUUUGGGACGCAAAUCAUAUGCUAUUUACGCCAUGAGUUGCAACAACAAGAUCCAGAGAAGAAAGAACCUUCUCAAGCAAAGGUUUACAAGGAAUCAAGAAAAAGAAGUGCUGAAAGGACAUACAUUAGCAGCUCUGAAAAAGCAAAAGAGAAUAUUGCCAAAAUUGAUGCUUUGGAGUCAGCAGAAUCACAAGAAGAUGGUAAUGUAUGCAAUGAACCUUACAAUGAAGUGAUUCCACGUCCUAGACGCAGAAGUCGUGUGCAUCUAUAUGGCUCGGGUGUGAAGAAGAGUGAUUUGAAGAAAAAAGAUACAAAGUCAAGUUUCAUACUCCCGGAGGAAUUCCUGGUAGGCAUAAAAGCACAAUUAGUCCAAGAAAUUUCACCUACCAUCACCACUGCAGUUUUGGAUUCGAUUCGCGAGGCGAACCCCGGGAUUAAUCUUGUGGUUCCUAGUACUCUGCAACAAUUGACUCCGCAUGAUGCAUCUAGUGCACCAAAUCGAAAUACUCCCCAAAGUGGACAAUCUUCAAAAUCAUUUAAUCAGGUGUUUGAUGACGAUGAGCUACCCCGGGAUGAAUGAAGUACGGACUAAUGUUGAUUUUAUGUAUCUAUUGCAAGUACUAAUUUUAUUUCAAACGAUUGUUAAUUAAUUAGUGAACUUUCAUUUAUUAUUAGUUAGUAUCGGCACUUCGUUUAUUUUGUAAAUAUACUAAUAUAAUUUAUAUACUAAUGCAAUGAAUAUAUUAUAUGCACUUC